CGUUGCCACGCAUUUCAUAAAUUCAUCAGAAUACACAUGGAAAAUUUCGUCUUUUCAAGAGAGUGUUUUUCUAUGACUCUUCCUUCCUUCAUUACUUAAUGCCUCCAUUACGUGGAUAAACAUCAGACAAAUGAGCUGAAGUUAUAUAAAUCUCACAAGGCGAAAGGUCAAAGCACACAAGAAUUGUUGUUUAACUUCAGAAAAUAAAUUUUUGAUUCUUUUCCUUUAACCAAUCGCUAUAUAUCAUUAAUUAUGACUGAACCCGUUCCUUCCAACGUUACGCAAGACUGGCCUGGUAAACAUACUGAUUUGGAUCCUCAGCCUGAUUUGCUGAAAUACCGUGAUGGAAGAGAACAUGUUGGCACCGGAAAGUUGAAGAACAAGCGCAGUUUAAUAACAGGCGGUGACUCCGGAAUUGGUAAAGCUGCGGCUCUUAUGUUUGCUCGUGAAGGCAGUGACAUCGUGAUCACUUGUCUUCCCGAAGAGCGCGACGACGCUGAGCAUACCAAGCAACUGAUUGAAAAAGAAGGCCGCAAAUGCUUUUAUUGGACUGGUGACCUUAGUUCUUCUGAAAACUGUAGAAACCUCGUUCAAUUCACUGUCGAAAAGUUAGGAGGUAUUGACGUCCUCGUAAAUAACGCUGGUUACCAAAAAGUCGCAAAUACCAUUGAAGACAUAUCCGAUGAACAAUGGGAUUUUACCUUCAAAACUAACAUUUAUGCUUUUUUCUGGAUCACCAAGGCUGCUCUUAAGCACUUAAAGCCAGGUAGCUCCAUCGUCAACGCUGCUAGCAUUAACGCCUAUGUUGGACGACCAGACUUGUCAGAUUAUACCACAACAAAGGGAGCAAUCGUGAGCUUCACCAGGGCUGUAAGCAACCAGUAUGCCAGUCGUGGCAUUCGUGUCAAUGCUGUCGCUCCAGGCCCUAUUUAUACUCCUCUUGUUCACUCUACAUUCUCUAAAGAAAUGAUUGAGGCUUCCAAUCAAGUGCCCAUGGGUCGUAUGGGCCAACCUUCUGAAGUUGCUUCCUGUUACCUUUUCUUAGCUUGCUCUGACGCUGGCUACAUCACAGGCCAAACUAUUCAUGUAAACGGUGGUACCAUUAUUAAUAACUAAGACAAGGAUUCUUUUUGUUCUUCAUAACAACCUAAAUAGUAAUUGGAAAAUUAAUGAUAGUGAAUGAUUAUACAUAAUGACAUGAAUGUUUUAAAAGAA